AUGCCCCCACAGUUGCAUCCCCCAAUGGCCCAAGGCCUGCCCACAGCGCCACCUUUACCUCAUGAAAGGAGCCUCGAGCCUAUUGGGGUCUUGGGCACUAUCUACGCAUGGGAGGUGAUCUUCAGUUUGGCUGCAGACCAAGAUAGCCUCCUUUAG